UUUGGGCGGCGAAAAUCGCCGGCGAUUGAAGAAUCCUCACUCGCGACUAGAGAUCAUGACGGAGACAUCGAGGCUGCCGUUAUCGUCUUCGAUUAGAGGGAAGCUGAUAUCUGCCGGUUACACUUCUCUUUCAUCGAUUUCUUCCGUCUCUUCAACUGAUCUCGCUCGAGAUGUAAAUAUCACAGAGGCGGAAGCAUUUGACAUUUUGAAGCUUGUAAAUCAAAUUUCUGGAUCCAAUGGAAGCAGCUCGCUUAUAAAUGGAGCAAAGAAUGCUUGGGAUAUGCUACAUGAGGAGGAAUCUUUGCCGCGCAUUACUACAUCUUGUUCGGAUCUUGAUAGCAUCUUGGGUGGUGGAAUAAGCUGUAGGGAUGUUACCGAGAUUGGUGGGGUACCGGGUAUUGGCAAGACUCAGAUUGGGAUCCAGCUCUCUGUGAAUGUUCAGAUUCCUCGUGAGUGUGGUGGUCUUGGAGGGAAAGCAAUUUAUAUCGAUACAGAAGGUAGCUUCAUGGUGGAGCGUGCUUUACAGAUCGCAGAAGCUUGUGUGGAGGACAUGGAGGAAUACACAGGAUACAUGCAUAAACAUUUUAAAGCUAAUCAAGUACAGAUGAAACCCAAUGAUAUCUUAGAGAACAUAUUCUACUUCCGUGUCUGCAGUUACACCGAGCAAAUCGCAUUGGUCAAUCAUCUUGACAAGUUCAUCUCUGAAAAUAAAGAUGUCAAAGUGGUAAUCGUAGAUAGUAUCACGUUUCAUUUCCGUCAGGACUUUGAUGACUUAGCCCAGAGGACACGUGUGCUCAGCGAAAUGGCUUUAAAGUUCAUGAAGCUUGCCAAAAAAUUCUCACUUGCUGUUGUAUUAUUAAACCAAGUGACCACAAAGUACACCGAAGGCUCGUUUCAAUUAGCUCUUGCUUUAGGCGAUAGCUGGUCUCAUUCUUGCACCAACAGAGUGAUUCUGUAUUGGAACGGUGAUGAGCGUUACGCGUAUAUCGAUAAAUCCCCUUCACUUCCUUCAGCUUCAGCUUCAUACACUAUAACUAGUAGAGGUCUAAGAAACUCUUCCUCAAGCAGCAAGCGAGUCAAGAUGAUGUAAAGACACAACACAAGCACAUGAGUAAGCUUUCUCCGGUUUAGUUUUGAUUUGAUUGAACGCACUUGUUUGACCGGACGAUAUCAAAACCGGCACAAGAGUUGGUGGAUUAGUGACUAAUUAAUUUAUCUAUUAAAUCGAAACUCUAAAGCAAUAAUAA